AGUUCCCCAAGUGUGAUUCACGACGUAUAAUUAUAUUAACGGAAAUCCUGAACUGAAGAGAUUGGUGCUUUUAAUUGAUUAGAAUAUAUCGAAAUACGUGCCCGCGUCUGUGUCGCACGAAACCCCCACUCUGGAUUCCCUAGCGGAGUACCGCAAUCCCGUCAUUGAUCAAUAUACUCAUGGCUCUACUGGAUCGAAUUCCCGGCGAUGAUAAUAUCUAUAUUGGAGGCAUCUUCUCCCUGCGCAGGAGAGAGGCGCUCAAGGAAGCAAACAUAACACACGUGGUGUCUGUGCUUCGCAUGCCCUUGGAAGAAGCCUUGUUUCAACCCUACAAACACCACGUCGUCGAGGUGGACGAUAUCGAGGAUGAGAACCUUCUAGAGCAUUUCGAAGCUACGAAUAAAUUCAUUCAAGAUGGACUAGAUGCCGGCGGAGGUGUUUUGGUUCACUGUGCCAUGGGAAAAUCACGCUCCGCAACAUGCGCCGCCGCCUUCCUGAUGGCGAAAUAUCACAUCAGCCCAUACGAAGCCCUUGGCCAGAUCCGCCGGGGCCGGCCCAUGUGCGAGCCCAACCAGGGCUUCAUGGCCCAGCUCGAGAUUUACGACAAGAUGAACACUCCUGAAAACGUGGCAGAGAAUCCGAUUUACCAGCGCUGGCUGUACAAGAAAGAAGUCGAGCUGAGCCUUGCGUCGGGGAGAGCUCCCGAGGACAUUCGUUUCGAAGACGAGCAGACCCCGAAAGAGGGCGAGGAUCCAGCACAGUUUGACCUUCGCUGUCGGAAGUGCAGGCGAGCCCUGGCCACUUCACAUUUCGUGGUAGCACAUGAGCCCAAGUCCGGCGCAGCGACGUCAUGCGCGCAUUAUUUCCUUGAUCCGCUGUCGUGGAUGCGUUCGGAGCUCGAGCAGGGUAAACUCGAUGGCCGAUUGGAGUGUCCUAAAUGCAAGACAAACGUGGGCAAGUACGCCUGGCAAGGCAUGCAGUGCAGUUGCGGCGAGUGGAUUGUUCCAGGAAUCAGCCUGGCCCGCGGCCGCGUCGAUGAGGCCAAGAUACGAAAUAUCCCAGCGGGUGCCGUGGGCGGCAUCAGGCUCCCGCCGGGCGCGUCAAAAGAUGGUCAUUCAUAGUUUUCGGCACAGGUAUACACGCAGGGGUUGUACAGAAGAUGGCGUUAGGGAUUGUGUUCCAGGAUACCUUUUCUGGUGUAAUUUUUGAAAGAGGAAAAAAGGUAUCUAGGGGGGGAGGGGGGUUCUUUUGCAUAGUAAACACGGUCAGAAAAGGUGGUUGUAAAUGACUAGACAGCUUGGAUAUACCAGGAAUACGGAG